AUGGAUGGGAAAAAAUGUAGCAUUGCCCUCAAGAGCAUUCACUUGGAUGUCUUCGUGCUGUCGAUGCCGUCAUCGCGCGCAUGGCGAUAUACCGCCGUCGCCCGGGGGCCUCGGGCAACUGUCCCAUCGUUAUCUUCGAGACUUGAAUCCGUACCGGCCGAUCCAGACUGGCGCCUUUUCCUGACAUGCUCGCACCCAGAUGCGAGAGUAUUGGAUGGGAAAACGGGAGUAAGUAGGCGGUGUCGAAGCAACCUGCCCUUGACCGCGCCAUCUAACCUGAACAUCGGUGUUGGAGGAUUGGUCCAUGAGGCAACACUGCCGGCGAUGCUCUUACAUGUUCCAUUGCGAGGCGCUAGUGAGCGCAGCGUGGUCUGCAGAACGGAGCAUCCAUCAACCUCCUGGACUUUCGCGGUAUCGCGUGGGAGUCGGUGGACCAAUGACUCCUCUGAAUCUCGCACAGAUGCGCGCGACCUAUCUGCGUUCCUGAACACCGCGUUGAGUUCCCCGUGUAUCUAA